GCUGCCGGGCCUGGGUGCACCCCGGCCCUCGAGCUGAGGUUUCGGGGCUCCACGUGGCACGGCCAUGCGCCUGAACGCGCUGUUGGCGCUGCUGCGCCCAGCGCUGCCCCUCAUCCUCGGGCUCUCCCUGGGCUGCAGCCUGAGCCUCUUGCGGGUUUCCUGGAUCCAGGGGGAGGGCCCAGACCCCUGCGAGGAGCCUGUGGGGCAGCCGGGAGGGCGGCAGAACCCCGCCGCAAGGUGGCGGCUGGACCAAAGCGAUGAAGACUUCAAGCCGCGGAUUGUCCCCUACUAUAGGGACCCCAAUAAGCCCUACAAGAAGGUGCUCAGGACCCGCUACAUCCAGACGGAGCUGGGCUCCCGGGAGCGGCUGCUGGUGGCGGUUCUCACUUCCCGGGCCACGCUGUCCACGCUGGCCGUGGCCGUGAACCGCACGGUGGCCCACCACUUCCCGCGGUUGCUCUACUUCACCGGGCAGCGGGGGGCCCGGGUGCCGGCCGGCAUGCAGGUGGUGUCCCACGGCGACGAGCGCCCGGCCUGGCUCAUGUCGGAGACGCUGCGUUACCUGCACACGCACUUCGGAGCCGACUACGACUGGUUCUUCGUCAUGCAGGACGACACGUACGUGCAGGCCCCCCGCCUGGCCGCCCUGACCGGCCACCUCAGCAUCAACCAGGACCUGUACCUGGGCCGGCCCGAGGAGUUCAUCGGCGCGGGCGAGCAGGCCCGCUACUGCCACGGGGGCUUCGGCUACCUCCUGUCCAGGAGCCUCCUGCUGCGCCUGCGGCCACACCUGGACGGCUGCCGAGGGGACAUCCUCAGUGCCCGGCCCGACGAGUGGCUGGGCCGCUGCCUCAUCGACUCCCUGGGCGUCGGCUGCGUCUCGCAGCACCAGGGGCAGCAGUACCACUCGUUUGAGUUGGCCAAGAACAGGGACCCCGAGAAGGAGGGGAGCCCGGCUUUCCUGAGUGCCUUUGCCGUGCACCCUGUUUCAGAGGGAAACCUCAUGUACCGGCUGCACAAACGCUUCAGUGCGCUGGAGCUGGAGCGUGCCUACAAUGAGAUCGAGCAGCUGCAGGCUCAGAUCCGGAACCUGACGGCGCUGACCCCGGAAGGGGAGGCGGGGCUGAGCUGGCCCGUGGGCCUCCCGGCGCCCUUCCGGCCGCGCUCGCGCUUCGAGGUGCUGGGCUGGGACUACUUCACGGAGCAGCACACCUUCUCCUGCGCCGACGGAGCGCCCAAGUGCCCGCUGCAGGGGGCCAGCCGCGCCGACGUGGGCAACGCCGUGGACACGGCCCUGGAGCAGCUGAACCGGCGCUACCAGCCGCGCCUGCGCUUCCAGAAGCAGCGGCUGCUCAACGGCUACCGGCGCUUCGACCCGGUGCGGGGCAUGGAGUACACGCUGGACCUGCUGCUGGAGGCCGUGACGCAGCGGGGCCACCGGCGGGCGCUGGCGCGCCGGGUCAGCCUGCUGCGGCCGCUGAGCCGCGUGGAGAUCCUGCCGGUGCCCUACGUCACCGAGGCCACGCGCGUGCAGCUGGUGCUGCCGCUGCCGGGCGCCGAGGCGGCGGCCGCCCCCGCCUUCCUGGAGGCCUUCGCGGCGGGCGUCCUGGCGCCCCGCGAGCACGCGCUGCUCACGCUGCUGCUGGUCUACGGCCCGCGGGACGGCGGCCGCGGCGCCCCCGACCCCUUCGUGGGCGUGAAGGCGGCGGCGGCCGAGCUGGAGCGCCGCCACCCGGGCGCCCGGCUGGCCUGGCUGGCCGUGCGCGCCGAGGCCCCGUCGCAGGUGCGCCUCAUGGACGUGGUGUCCAAGAAGCACCCCGUGGACACCCUCUUCUUCCUCACCACCGUGCGGACCCGGCCGAGCCCCGAGGUGCUGAACCGCUGCCGCAUGAACGCCAUCGCGGGCUGGCAGGCCUUCUUCCCCAUCCACUUCCAGGAGUUCAACCCGGCCCUGGCCCCGCAGCGGCCGCCCGCGGGGGGCGCGGGCGCGGGCCCCGACCCCCCCUCCCCUCCCGGCGGCGACCCGGCGCGGGGCAGCCCCGCGGGGGGCAGGUUCGACCGGCAGGCGUCGGCCGAGGGCUGCUUCUACAACAGCGACUACCUGGCGGCGCGGGCGCGGCUGGCGGCCGAGCUGCCCGGCCCGGAGGAGGAGGAGGCCCUGGAGGGGCUGGAGGUGAUGGACGUCUUCCUGCGGUUCUCGGGGCUGCACCUCUUCCGCGCCGUGGAGCCGGGGCUGGUGCAGAAGUUCUCGGUGCGCGAGUGCAGCCCGCGGCUGAGCGAGGAGCUGUACCACCGCUGCCGCCUCAGCAACCUGGAGGGGCUGGGCGCGCGCGCGCAGCUGGCCAUGGCCCUGUUCGAGCAGGAGCAGGCCAACAGCACAUAGCCGGCCGCGUGGCCGGCCGGCGGGAGGACGGAG